AGUCUUGGAAACAGAAGUAUGGGAUACUUUACUCAGUAUCGGUUAGUAUAUUGGUAUCGGCCCAUCUCUACCGCAAAUUGUGCUGUUACCGACAAUAUUGACUCGGAUUAAUCUUGCCAGUCGAUCUUAUAUAUAGCUAGCUAAGUGAAAACCGGCAGAUACGACCGUUAAACCACAAGACUCAAGCUACGCUUGAAGUGCGUGUAUCUAAGACGAAAGGUAAAUAAAAAAGCGAAAGGGAUUAUAUUACUCAAUACUCAAGCAAUCAGUCCGACUUCGCACUCUCAGUUAUCUUACGAUGGCCUGUUGGGUUUUUUGUUGCGAGGAUUGUGCAUUUCUUAUUUCGCUACUUUCAUUGAUUGGUUUCUUUGACUGCCUUAGCGAUUGGAUGGUUUAUCACGAGAGAGCGAAAAAGAUUGAAGAUAUGUGCGAAGAAAAGACGGAAGUUCAUGGUGGUACAAAAAUGGCGCUCAUAGCCAUGUUCGUAUUUGCCUUUUUUGGAACAAUACUAUUUCUUAUUGAAACGAUAAAUUCAUUGCUGAGUAAGUGCAAAGUGAAGAUUUUCCAUCCGGUGAUUUUGUCGAUUGUCGUUUGUAUCGUCGAAGAGAUGCCAUUAGCUGGUCUUCGCUGGAAUCUUAGAAUAUCCGCUGACAAAAAAAUAGCAGAUGAUGGUUGGGGAAUUGCAGCCGGAAUAUUUUCUAUCGUAGCUCCCCUUCUGGGUCCAAUCUCGAAGUGUUUAAAGAUGUCAACUUGCUGUAAUUGCUGUAAUUGCUGUAAUGAAGAUGACAAAUACUGCUUUAAACUUGAAGGACGUGCAUUGGUAGUCGCAGUUAUUUUUCUGUUCUUGACGGCAGGUGGUGUUGCAGCUAUCAACGCUGUGAAUUGGAAAGAUUUUAACGCACCAGGGUCGGGGAUUAAUGUUAAUGGUACAUUCUGUGCCUAAAGCGUACACCGUGUAAAAAGAAUUUUGCACCUUUUAACAUUUACGGGGUAUUUUAUAAGCGCAUUUGUAUGACAACGCGACAAAAAUAGCUAGAAUAAAAUCCUUCAAAUGGUCAAAAAGAAAACUUUGAUAUUUCCAAUCCAGUGAUCCCUUCCCCGGAUCUUUUCAUGUUACGUAAGCAGUUUCUAGAUUGAUGCGGUGUUCGCUUCACUUAUAAUAAAAUCUUACCCCUCCCCCAAAAAGACACUUCUUUUUGACUCCAAAUGCCCCUCCCCCCCGUUUUCCUUUCAAUCUGGCGACGCCACUGAAUAUAAGUUAGACAUCCCAGGAUGAAAAAACCUUUACUGAACCGAAUUUGCACCUAUCAAGGCUCUGUCUAUCCUAAGGUUAUUUGCUUCAUCGACUAUGCACCGACAAUGGAUCGUGGAACAUCGCCGAUAAUUUACGACCUACUAGGAAAACCAUUAAACCAGGCGCGAGAAUUGGCCGCGUUGUAUAUAAUAAUAAUAGUAUAAUGAUUAUGUACAAUUGUCAGUGUAAACCUAAUUUACCCAAAAAAAUGAGAAACAGGCUUUGAGGUUAUAAAAUAUUUGCUUAACAAGCUGUGACACCUGCAGGGAAUUCUGGUCUUAGUAGUCACAGCGGGAAAUUUUGAAGCUUGAAGAUUUCGCCGUGACUACUAAAACCAGAAUUCCCUGCAGGCGUCACGGCUUGAUACGUCAUUAUGCAUAAGGUUAUAUCACCAUUUUCUACCCGAUCAAAAAUGUAUUCUCGAAAAAAUUAUUUUAGUAUAAAUUUCGAGGUGACUUUUGAUUUUCUUGCAUUCUCAUUGGUCAAAAUUUUAAUUGAAUUGAUAGUCUCAAAUAGGUCUUUGAAUUGAUAUAGUCACUGGUCAGUGACUAUAGCUUUUUGUUGCUUUUCCAAAU